AUGGUGCUGCCACCAUCACCACCAACGACGUCCGUAAUGUCAGCCCCCGUGCCGACGACAUCAACGGCUACAGCUUCAGCCUCGAUUUUUAACCUCGAUGCGCUCUUCAAUAACCCCCUCUUCGCCGGCGGUAUCGGCCUCGCCUCCCUAGGAGCCGCCGCAGCCUUCGCCCGCAAAGGCGUUAUUGUCGCUGCUGGAGCUGCCCGCCGCCGCCUCAUCGUCAAUGUCGAAAUCAGCAAGCAGGACCCUGCAUACCCUUGGGUACUAGCAUGGCUGUCGCAGCCGCGCGAGUCGGCCGGGUUCCUGGCCUCGCGCAUCACUCGCAUUCACAACUUGUCGGUAUCGACGACGACUUCGACUACCCGAGGCGCAGCCGGUCCGACGAACGCACACUUCUUCCUGCAGCCAGGAUACGGGAGGCAUAUUGUCAAACACAAGAAUGCGUACAUUGCUGUCAAUCGCGAGAAGCACAAUACGGCGAACAUGAACACUGGCGAGCCGCACGAAAUCGUACAGCUAACGACACUCUGGGCGCAUCGGCAUGUGUUUGAGGAUGUGUUUGGCGAGGCGCACGCGCUGGCGGCAAAGGCGAACGAAGGCAAGACGAUUGUGUACUCCGCGAGAGGCAUGGAGUGGGCGCCUCUCGGCGAUCCUCGGAAGAAGCGGCCUCUGGGCUCGGUGAUACUGGAUGAGGGCGUCAAGGAAGGCAUUGUUGACGAUGUCAAGGAUUUCAUGACUCGGCAGCAGUGGUAUGUCGAUCGCGGUAUUCCAUACCGUCGCGGAUACCUUUUGUUUGGGCCCCCUGGUAGUGGCAAGAGCUCUUUCAUCCAGUCUCUGGCUGGAGAGCUGGACUUUAGCGUCGCGAUGAUCAACCUCAGCGAGAUGGGCAUGACCGACGACAAGCUUGCGUACCUCUUGACCAAGCUCCCUCGCAGGAGUUUGCUCCUUCUCGAAGAUGCGGACGCAGCCUUUGUCAACCGCCGCCAGCGCGAUGCGGAUGGUUACAGCGGCGCCAGCGUUACCUUCUCUGGACUUCUGAAUGCUCUCGACGGCGUUGCCGCGGGUGAAGAACGCAUUGCUUUUCUGACGACGAACCACAUUGAACGUCUCGACCCCGCGCUAAUCCGUCCUGGUCGUGUCGAUAUGAUGGUUCGCAUUGGUGAGGCAACGAAAUACCAGGCAGGCCAGAUGUGGGAUCGGUUCUAUGGUGAUAUUGACAAGGAUGGCUCUGGCCGCGAGCGCUUCCUGCAGAGGCUCGACGAGCUGUGCUUGUUUGGCAAUGGUAAGGAUCCGGAGACGGCCAACAGAUUCACGAGCACGGCCGCCAUACAGGGACUGUUCUUGUUCAACAAGAAUGAUAUGGAGGGCGCUAUUAACAUGGCAGAAGGCCUUAUUCCGCGCAAGUUUGAGGCGGGCGAUGCUAUUCCCGAAGGCGCCAUAAAGACUCGCGCUUGA